GCUGUCUGUCCGAAGCUGUGUGACUCGACGGGGGUGUCCAGCUGGGUGGGAGGUACCUACCGACGACUCUGUAGGGACUUUUGGUUCCCUCUUUUCUUUGGAAGGGAAGGGGAUUUGGCGUGUCGCUCCCCUUCAGUAUGUCUGACCAGGCUCUCAGUUUUCUUAAGGACUUUUUGGCGGGGGGGAUCGCUGCUGCCAUUUCCAAGACGGCUGUAGCGCCUAUUGAAAGAGUCAAGUUGCUGCUACAGGUCCAGCAUGCUAGCCAACAAAUCACAGUUGAAAACCAGUAUAAGGGAAUCAUGGACUGUGUGGUAAGGAUUCCCAAGGAGCAAGGCAUCAUUUCCUUCUGGAGAGGCAACUUGGCCAAUGUCAUCCGGUACUUCCCCACCCAGGCUCUCAACUUUGCAUUCAAGGACAAAUACAAACAGAUUUUCCUUGGGGGAGUGGACAGACACAAGCAGUUCUGGCGUUACUUUGCAGGCAACCUGGCCUCUGGAGGUGCAGCAGGAGCAACAUCUCUCUGCUUUGUGUAUCCUCUAGAUUUUGCCAGGACUAGGCUAGCAGCUGAUGUGGGCAAAGGGCUGAAGGAGAGGCAGUUCACUGGGCUAGGCAAUUGCAUUGCUAAGAUCUACAAAUCUGAUGGCCUCAAGGGCCUCUACUUGGGAUUCAAUGUGUCAGUCCAGGGUAUCAUCAUCUACCGAGCUGCUUAUUUUGGCAUCUACGAUACAGCUAAAGGCAUGCUGCCUGAUCCGAAGAAUGUGCACAUCGUAGUCAGCUGGAUGAUUGCCCAGAGUGUAACUGCAGUAGCAGGUCUGACAUCUUACCCUUUUGACACUGUCCGACGUAGAAUGAUGAUGCAGUCUGGCAGAAAAGGAGCUGAUAUCAUGUACAAGGGUACAAUCGACUGCUGGAAGAAGAUUGCUAAAGAUGAAGGAGGCAAGGCUUUCUUCAAGGGUGCCUGGUCCAAUGUGCUAAGAGGCAUGGGAGGUGCUUUUGUAUUAGUCUUGUAUGAUGAGAUCAAAAAAUUUGUCUAAGCAAGUCAAACUACUUGACUCUUAUGUUCUGUUUAGUUACGUAUUUACACAUGAGUUAAAGGCAACUAAAUAUUUCCUACGGAAACAGAGGCGGUUACUGAAGGUCAAAUCCAGCUGAGAGGUCAAAUUGGGGAACUAUAAGAUUGUUCAGUGAUGGUUUAUGACAUAAGUCAAACUUUUUUGUAUGGAAAGUCGAAGAGGGCUUUGUAUAUAUACAUUUAUUUGACAAAAUAGCAAUAAUAUAUUCCUAUGAAUAAAAAUAUCCUGAGGAGGUGUGUUGAUAAAGUAUUUAAACAACUAGAAAAGUGAGUUUAAUAAACGGUAGAAAUAAAACCUUUUUUGUGUGUGAUAAAUCCACUGCAGAAGUUCUUUCAAGGAUUGUAGCUUUCAGAUAGUGAAGAGUGUGGGCAGAAAUGAGUGUGUGUGCACACGUGUGAUGUUAUGGUAAAAGAGAGGGGGUAGAGAACAGGGUUCUUUUUCUCACUCUAAGCUAGCAAGAAAAUGUUCAACUAGGAGGGUGAUUCUGAAUCAUAUAAGACAAAACGGCUAUAAACUCUGCAGCAAAUAAUAGCAAAUCACUUCACAGGAAAUGCUGUUCUUCAUUUCUCCUAAUUUUAUCUUUAAUCACUUUGUUUACAUAUUGGAAAAAAUACUUCUCUCAAAUGUAUCUCCUUUUUGUCUUGUUAGGAUUGCAAUGCUCAUGCACAAUUCCAGAGAUGUGGUAGCCUGGAUGAGAAAACCCCAUUUUGUUUUUUCCCCAGGCCUUAGUAUCUCUAAAUAUUCAGUAGUGAUUACAAUAACAACCAUACUUUUAAACUUGCUUGUGGGUGGGUGCUAAAAGAAAGGUUGCUAUUGAAUGUGUAUAGGAAAUCCUCAAUUUACAGCAGUUUAUUUAGUGACCAUUCAAAGUUACAACGGCACUGAAAAAGGUGACUUACAACCAUUUUUCACACAAGCAUUGUAUCUCCAUGGCCAUGUGAUCAAAAUUGAAAUGCUUGGCAAGUGACUAAUAUUUAUUAUGGUUGGAGUGUCCCAAGGUCAUGUGAUCACCUUUUGCGGCCCUCUGACAAGCAAAGUCAAUGGGAAAGCCAGAUUCAUUUAACAAUCGCAUUACUACCUUAACAACUGCAGUGAUUCACUUAUCUGUGGCAAGAAAGGUCAUAAAACGAAGUAAAAUUCACUUAACUGUCACACUUAGCAACAGAAAUGUUAGGCUCAAUUGUAUUUGUAAGUUGAGGACUAUUGUAUAAUCAGAUACAGCUCACCUGCAGUUUUCUUAUUCGGUUUUCUUAUUUCUUAUUUCGGUUUAGUAUUGUAUGAUCUUCGACAUAUGGUAACAGCAUCCAUUUUAUUUUGUUUGUAAUUGUUGGAAAAAGCAAAAGCAGCUUGAGCUGCUAGAACAUUCAGUGACAGUACUUUGAAAUCUAUGCCUUAACAGAUUUUGCCUGAGUAACAUACAGCAUUCGUUCAAAACAGAGGAUGAAUUGUUCCUGUGUGAUUGAAAUUUGGCAGUGGUGCCUUACACUUCCCAGAAACCCAGAGGUUGCAUGGCACAAGAUAAUAUGGGAGGAGUGUAUCCCCUCUCCCUUCAUCCAAUCAGCUGGCAACAAGGCCUGGCAGGUGACCAGUGAUUGGCUGCUUUGAACUGGAGGCCGAAAUUUGAAAUCUUUUAAUGGCAGUGAGUGGUGAGGGGAAGAUAAGGGGGUAACUUAGAUGCCUGCAGACAAGACAGAACUGGCUAAGGAAGGUCAAUUAACCCUUUUCCUUCCUGAAGGGGGCUUGGCAGUGAUGGCUAACCUUUUUGCCAUCGCGUGCCAAAAGCGGGGGGGGGGGGCAGGGAGGGUUGUGCACGAGCGUGCCCAUACCCAUAAUUGAAUGCCCCCCUGCCCCCAUGACACCUCCACACUCCCCCCACUUUUGGCACAUGACGGCAAAAAGGUUACCGGUGGGCUGGGUAGACCCGUUUUUCGCCCUCCCCAGGCUCCAAAGGCUUUCUUGGAGCCUGGAGAGGGCAAAAACACCCUUCCCCCCCAUCCCGGAGGCCCUCCGAAGGCCGGAAACUGUCCGCUUCCUGACUUCUGGUGGGCCCAAAAAUCAGCUGGCCGGUGUGCGCGUGCACACUGCAGCUGAGCUAGGGCAACGCUCGUGUGCCCAGAUAUGGCUCCGCGUGCCACCUGUGGCACGCAUGCCAUAGGUUCGCCAUCACAGGGGCUUGGAGACAUGCAGGGUUGGGGAGCGAGGGUAGUUUUCCUUGCAUUCUGUGGCCCCCUUUGUUCCCCCUAGCAAAGAAGCAGGCAAUUCGGCAGCUGACCUGAGGAAGAGAAGUCUGCUUCAUCACUGAGGGUCAUGAGGGGAGAGGUAAUACCACCAGCCUAUAUUAUAUGUGAAAAGGCUGACCCAAUGAAUCAUGGUUGUCUAUUACUGUCAGUCUUUGUGAUGGAAUGUGCAUCUAGAGAAGCAAUGGUGGAGUUUUGGCAAUGCAGAGCUUUCCCAGAAAGAGGUCGGGAUUAAGAGAUUGAGCAAUCCUGAGCUAGAUUGGGAAGGAGUGGGAGAUGUUUAGGGUAGCCACAUCUAAAUUUCUCAGGAUAUAUCUAGUGGGUUAGAAGGCGAUAGCUUGAGUUUGGCAAGAUUCUGUCCAUUAGGUGUAAGUAAAUAAAGGACUGAACCUGAUUGGACUUCAUUGUGUCAUUUCUGGCCUUGGGCCUGGCAGCCCAGCCAGGUAAACCAGAUAAAAAACACGACUACAUGAGUGAACUCCACUUUAUUGUUAAGGCUACAUUAACAAAAUCUUGCAUGUCUAAAGGUACAAGUUUAUUUUCUGAUAUUUCUUGCUCCUCCCCAUCACAGUCAUCUUCAACCUUAUGGAUUAUGACUAAAUCUAAUGAGUUUCUUGAAAUACAGGUAUUUUUUUGAAUCAUAAUUGAAUGUAUUCUAAGAAUAGAUUUCAUGACAGCGAGAGUGUGUGAGAGAACUGAUAAAAUCAAUGUGCAAAAAAGUAUUAAUCUCCUAAUUAACGUAUUUGAAAACUUUCAUCUUCCUCUAGAAAUGUAUAUUGUUUACAUUGAGUUUUGCAGUAUCCUUCAUAGUUGGGAGCUGCAUAGAUGUUAAAUCUGAUUGCAUUUUUCAGUUAAAAAACACAAAACAAUUGUUCAUGCAUUUAGUACUUCCCUAUUAUGUCAUAUCAGAAAUCACAAUAGAGUGAUAAUUUUUAGAAGUAAUUCAGUCCUAUUAAAAUCUUUUAAAAGCUGUAUAUAAUUCUGGAGUUUUGUACCUUUGCAUUACUGAGUAGUUCACUGAUAAAACACAUGUGAGCACAUAAAAUGUAUUACAUCCAUUUUCUGAUGUCUUCUGAUGACUAGAAUAUUUACUAGAUAUAAAUCCUUAUGUUCUGAAGAGAUUGUUUUUCCAUAAGUACUUAAAAUAUAAAACUGGAUGGUACUCCAGAUAAAAUCCUAAAAUGAACUCUAGUACUUUAUUUAUGGGUGCAAAUACCACAGCAACUUUUGGAAAAAAAAAAUCAUCCCAGUAUGCAGAAAUCGCGUUUGAAAUCGUUAGGAAAGAUACUGAAAUGACAAGCAUACUGUGGGCUUCUAGGUAUUGUUGCAUUUUCCCUUUAUACUGUUCCUAUUUAUAAAGAAAAUCAGGUGUAACUCCAUAGUUUUUUCUUUAGUAUUACUUCAAUACUUGCAUUUAAUUGUGAUUGCAGUGUCUUGGUGUCCCUUCAUGUAACGCUUAUGUUCAUUAAAAUGCAAAUGUUUUGUUCA